UAUGUAUAUGUGGUAGUAGGUCGAGGAUCCACUAUCAGAGGCAACAAAGUAAUUGAAGCGGCUUCAAAGGAGCUCACCUGAUUCUUUGGAAACACACAUUCUUUCAUUUGAAGUAAAUAUGAGAAAGUGGAAAACUUUGCUUGCUUUUCAGUGAAGCAGCUGCUCCGGUUGGACGCAGAAAGCCGUGACACACAUAGGUGCCUGUUAAAGUUUUUCCACGUAGUUAGUUCCAUGGCUGCCCCAGCUACUGACUCUGAGAAACUUAUUUGCACUGUAUUAGAAGCUGAACGACCAGAAAUCAGUCAUUUGCAUGGGAAGUCUCUUUUAGAGGCAAAUGAGUUAUUUUCUCGAUAAGCAUAAAGAUUCCUUGAUGCACAAGGCAGCUGCUGCAGAAAUGCUGUAUCUUUUGGAACCCAGCAAUAAGGGCAAGGCUGUGAAAUUAAUUGAGGAUUCAAGCAACAACUUGGUGCAAAGAAAUGGAGCACUCAGAUCAGUUAAGGAAUGGAAACUCAAGGAUUGUAUUGCGGUUCACAAGCUACUCUCCUCAGUAGUAGUUGAUAUGGAUGCUGCAUCAAGAUGGAAAUUACGUUGUGCUGAAUAAUUCCCGCACUCCACGUAUUUUGAAGGAAGUCGCAGUUCUGCAGUUCUAAAGUCCUUGUACAACCAGAUUUCUAGUAAUCCUGAAAAUGGAGUCAACCAUCCUGCGGGUGGCAUAAGCAUGGAUUCUCUUGCGCCAAAUGGAAAACUGGAAGCUUUUAAGGACCUCUAUCUAACAAGUGGAGUUGAAAGCUCAUUUUGGGCAAUGUAAUUCUACAUUCAUCGGUAUGCAUGAGAGUUAGUUCACAGCAAUAGCUGUGGCUUGGGAGAUAGUUCGUUCAACCACUAGGGAAGUAUCAUU